CCCACGAAUCAAAGCGACGCAGAGUCGUAGAACGUAUUGCCCGGUGUGAUUAAAACAAGUAUCCUUUGAAUUAAGCUACGGCAACGCUAUGAGUGAAGCUGAAUUCAACCAGGCUGCCGAGGAGGUUAAGCAACUACCUGCAAAGCCAUCCACUAACGAUUUGCUCGAGCUGUACGCGCUGUUCAAACAGGCUACAAUUGGCGAUUGCAAUAUGGCAUGUCCGGGUGUAUUCGACCUUAAAGGCAAGGCGAAGUGGCAGACGUGGAACUCGAAGAAAGGUCUUAGCCAAGAGGACGCUCGCAAGCAGUAUAUCGCCAAAGUCGCUGCUCUAAAGGGUUAAUUUUCGUGGUCAGCUAUCAGUGUCAUUCUAGUUGACUAAAGUUUGACGAAUCAUGAACUUUUCCUUAAAAACGCUAUAAAAAAUCUAUAGAUUUAUAUAAUAUAGACCCGUAUUUAUUUUUUAAAUAAACAAUAACGUACACUCAUUAACAAAGCGAAAUUACUAAAAAAUAAAUAGAAACUUCAUAGCGUU